AUGGAGAAAAGCGAGUUUCGAGUGUUGAUAAAACAUUAUUUUUUAAUGGAUAAAAACACCGUAGAAGCCCAGCAAUGGCUUGAAAAACAUUACCCGGACUCCUCUCCAUCCAAACCAACGAUUUGUCGGUGGUAUGCUGAGUUUAAACGUGGUCGUACGGACACAAACAAUGCGGAACGUUCGGGUAGGCCAUUGGAGGCCGUUACACCGGAAAAUGUGAGUGAAGUGUUAAGAAUCGUAAUGAAAAAUCGCAAAGUGAAGGUCCGUGAGAUUGCAGAAAUGACACAGAUAUCAUCUGGAAGCGUAUUUACAAUCCUUCAUGAAAAAUUGAACAUGAAAAAGGUUUUUUCCAAGUGGGUGCCGCCAUUGCUUUCAGUGGAACAAAACUGCAAGCGACAAGUCCACGAAAACAAAGGCAAAAUUGAACGAGUUGGGCUUUGA